UCAUAACCUUAUUCCUUUCCUACUUCCUCCCUCUCUCUUGCAGAUGUAAUUUAUGAGCAAUUUCUUCAUCUCUCACUGCCCUUGUGUUUUUAUGACAAGACCAAAAGAAACCACUGAGGGGUCAUCCAGCAGAGGAGGGAGGAUUGUUCCAAGACCAUCUGUACAACCUGGCAAGAUACUCCAUGGCUGACCAGGGAAGGGAAGAACUCUUGAAUUUCCCAUCUCCCGUCACCAAGUCAUAGGAUGACCUUUGAAUAGUAAGGCUGCAAAUUCUCCAUUUGAUUUUAGCUCUGCUGAAUAUGCUACGCAAUUUGAACGAAAUGGAAGGAGAAGAUGCCUCCCCCACAGGCAGAGAAGACAGCUGCACAUCUGGGUCAUCACCGUUGAGGAUCAUCCUGGUGGGCAAAACAGGCAGUGGGAAGAGCGCCACGGGGAACAGCAUCCUCUGCCAGCCAGUCUUCAAGUCCAAGCCGGACGUCCAGCCCGUGACCAAGAAAUGCCAGCGGGAAGCAGGCACAUGGAAUGGGAGGAGCAUCCUGGUGGUGGAUACGCCACCCAUCUUUGAGGCAAAGACCCAGACCCAGGAUGCAUACCAGCACAUCGGGGACUGCUACCUGCUCUCUGCCCCGGGGCCCCACGUGUUGCUGCUGGUGACCCAGCUGGGGCGCUUCACGGACCAGGACGCCAUGGCAGUGAAGAGGCUGAAGCAGGUGUUUGGGAUGCAGGCCCUGAGGCACACGGUCAUCCUCUUCACCCACAAGGAAGACUUGGAGGGCCAGUCCCUGGAGGAUUAUGUGACCAACACGGACAACGGGGCCCUCCAGGACCUGGUCCUGCAGUGUGGGAGGAGAGUCUGUGGCUUCAACAACCGGGCGUCUGGGGAGGAACAGCAGGCGCAGCUGGCGCAGCUCAUGGCUGUGAUCACGCAGCUGGAGCAGGAGCUCAAGGGCUCCUUCCUCAGCAACGACCUCUUCCAGGCUCUGGUGGUGCGGCAAGGUGGGAAAGGCGUCUACCAGGGAGGCUACAGGAGGUUCCUGGCCAAUGUGAAGCAGCAGGUGGAGAAGCAGAAGCAAGAGCUGAAAGAGCAUGAGAGCAACUGUGCUUUGAAAGCUCUUCUCAGACUCAAGCGCUGGGUGACUUCACGCUGUGAGCUCUGGCUUACUUUUCUCUUGUGGAUCUUUUUUUUCCUACUAAUUUUCUUGAUUAUAUUUCACUAUGUUUAGUUCUUGGUACUGUAGUGACAUUUUCUAAAAUCUUACCCAGUGAAUCUACUGUUUCCACACCCCGACUGAUUCUGCACCACUUCUGCUUGCCCUUCACCCUUACAGCAUCUGCUUUGUUCAGAUUUCUGCUGUAGGUCUACAUACUUUCCACUGUCUUUGCCGGUACUGCUUCCGAAACGGCCUUGAGACUCCAUGUUAACCAAUGAGAAGUGAUUAUACGUGCAGUUCAUGGCUAUGAAGAUUUCUUUCUGUCCUAGAGGAGACCCAUUGAAAGAGACAGAGUGCAUUCAUUUUCUGGGAAUUUAUGGAUCUGAGAUGCAUUGCAUUUUAGCGUUCACUUUGCCACCCACCAAGAUGGAAAGCUUACUUGAAAGCAAAUCAGAAAUAAAAUGAAUCUUAGCUCCUGAAUCAUCAGCCCCAGAGCUUACUUUAUCUUUGGCUUUCCAAUGAUAUCAGCCAAGCUGCUUGAGCUUCACUUGCAUUUGAGCUAGUGAAGAGUUCUUCAGAUCACUUUUCAUUCUUUAAAUCUAUUAGGGCUUCCAUGAUCUGAUACUUCUUUUGAGAAAAGCAUCCAAAAUAAACGAACAAGUUGGUCA